AUGGUCGAUUCCGACGUCCCACCCGCAUACGACAGCACCGGGGCCUCUAGCUCGCGCUCCGACAAGAAAAAUGCCUCUCAAGCUGCCAAACCUUUGGCGUCGAGUUCGUCACGUUCGCACCUGAAAGCAAAGGACGUUGGCGUGCGGUCCUACGAGAAGUACAUGGGCAAAAUUGGCAUUGGCAGCCCCAAAGUGUUACAGAAAGUGAAGACAGGUGUGCAGAAGAUCCUCACCGACCUCCUUCUCAAGCAGAACAACAUCGAUACGGAAACAGAAGGCUUCGGAAUAUUGGAGGACUGCAGCAAGAUUUGUGCAACACACAAGGUUGAUUUGGGAGGCAUGUUGCGGGAGAAGUCUAUCGACGGACAUACGGCGCUGUACUGGGCCAUCGUGAAGCGACGCAAAGUGCUUCCGCUGCCAGACACGGAGCUGCAGAAGAGAGUGGGCCAGAGCUGGCAGGCAGAAGAGGCAUUGCCCAGGUUGAUUCAAGAGUUGUUAUCAUUCAUGAAGCCACUCACGCCCGACGCUACCGCUGACGCUCGGCUGGCCUGUCUCCACGCCGGCGACACCUGGCUUUUCCAAUGCAUACGAUCUUACUCAGCACCAACAGCCACGGAUCUGAGGCUGCUCGAGGGACAAGUGGCCGACAUCCUUCACUUCUCUCAGUUCUCUGCCGACACCAACAUGCCCUUCGUCGUUGGCUUCCAGUUGAAGCAGUUCCAGAAACGCCUCAAGAUGUCCAAGUUCAUAAUCCUCGAGUUUAUCGCGUUUGGAAGAAUGUUCUACAUGAAAUUCUAUGUUACCGCAGCGGGCGAGGGCGAGGACGCCGGCCGGUGGCAUGUUUAUGUCACUCUUAACGAUGACAGCGCGCCGAUAUUCGUCAACGCUACGCUGAUAAUUGACUAUUUCGAGGACCCAUCCAAGCCGUACGAAUACACCAUUGCGGGCCUGAUUCGAAGACACACCUCCAACGUGAUCAGCGGGCUGGGCAUGCUGGCCAAGUUUCCAGACCCUUUCAUGCAUCCGCAGAGCCCGUACAUCGAUAGUGAAGGGACGCUGUGCGGCAGUCUUUCGAUUUCGGAGAGGCGCGUCGACAGUUGA